CUAUAUAUAUAUAUAUAUAUAUAAUGGAGUACUGAAGUACAGAGCUCACUCUGAGUCCCUCCCAUGGCUUCCCCCUUGAAACCGCCAUUGUUGCUCUCAUUAGUCUUUUCUUUCUUCGUUUUGUGUUCUUCAUCCUCUGAGGAAUCGACCCUUUUGACCUUCAAAGCUUCCAUUAACGAUUCAACGAACUCUCUCUCGAAUUGGGUUUCUUCUUCUCCAACCCAUUUCUGUAAUUGGACUGGAAUUUCUUGUACGAGUUCUUCUCCUUCAUCGCUUUCGAUUUCCGCCAUUGUUCUUCAGGGUUUGAACCUUUCCGGUGAAAUUUCAUCUUCCAUUUGCGAACUCCCUCGUUUAACCCAUCUUAAUCUCGCUGAUAAUCGCUUCAAUCAGCCGAUUCCUCUUCAUCUCUCGCAGUGCAGCGCGUUGGAGAGUUUGAAUCUGAGUAAUAAUCUCAUUUGGGGAACAAUCCCAGAUCAGAUUUCUCUGUUUGAUUCUCUACGUGUUCUUGAUUUUGCGAGGAAUCACAUCGAAGGGAAGAUCCCUGAAGGCAUUGGGGCUUUGAAGAAUCUUCAAAUUCUUAAUCUGAGGAACAACUUGAUUUCUGGUAGAGUACCCUCUGUUAUCUUUCAUAAUCUUACUGAACUUGUUGUUCUUGAUUUGUCUGAAAAUGCUUAUCUGAUGAGUGAUAUUCCUAGUGAGAUUGGGAAGCUUGAGAAGCUUGAGGAGCUAUGGCUUCAAAGCUCUGGUUUCUAUGGCGAAAUCCCUUAUUCUUUAUUGGGUUUGAAGAGUUUGAAUGUUUUGGAUCUUUCUCAGAACAAUCUCACUGGAAAACUCCCUGAAAUGAUGGGUUCUUCUUUGAAGAAUUUGGUGUUCUUUGAUGUUUCUGAGAAUAAACUCAUGGGGGCUUUCCCAAAUGGGUUUUGUAGUGGAAAAUCCCUUGUGAGUUUUAGUGUUCAUACCAAUUUUUUCACUGGGAAUUUGCCUAAUUCCUUGAAUAAAUGCUUGAAUCUUGAGAGGUUUCAAGUUCAGAACAAUGGGUUUUCAGGGGAUUUCCCUGAAUCCUUAUGGUCAUUGCCUAAGAUUAAGCUAAUCAGAGCUGAAAACAAUGGUUUCUCUGGUGAAGUUCCUGAGUUCAUAUCAAUGGCUACUCAUCUUGAGCAAGUUCAGCUUGAUAACAACAGUUUUUCGAGUAGAAUACCCCAAGGUCUCGGAUCGAUUCGAAGCUUAUAUCGAUUCUCUGCCUCGCUUAAUCGUUUUCAUGGUGAUCUGCCACCGAACUUCUGUGAUUCUCCAUUGAUGAGUAUUAUUAAUCUGUCUCAUAAUUCUCUUUCGGGUCGAAUUCCCGAGCCGAAGAACUGCAAGAAACUUGUCUCAUUGUCCUUAGCAGGGAAUAGUUUUAGUGGAGAGAUACCUAGUUCCCUUGCAGAUCUACCUGUGUUGACUUAUCUUGAUCUUUCUGAUAACAAUCUCACUGGCUCGAUCCCUCAACGACUCGAAAACUUAAAGUUUGCGCUGUUUAAUGUUUCGUUUAAUCAACUAUCGGGCGCUGUUCCGUUUUCUUUGAUUUCUGGAUUGCCAGCUUCUUUUCUGCAAGGAAACCCUGAUCUUUGUGGCCCUGGUUUGCAAACUCCUUGUUCACAAGGCCAUCCAGUAAAUGAUAUGUCUGGACUUAACAAAAUGACAUGUGCCCUUGUCUCUAUAGCUUGUGUUCUCGGAGUUAUGAGCUUAGCUGCUGGGUUCGUUCUGUAUUACCGGUCGUUCAAAUCGAAAUCCCGUGUCGAUAACUGGCAUUCGGUCUACUUCUACCCUCUUAGAAUCAGUGAGCACGCGUUGAUCAUGGGGAUGAAUGAGAAAACUGCACAAGAAUGUGAGGGAGCUUUUGGUCAAGUGUUUGUUUUAAGCUUACCGAGCCGUGAACUGAUUGCCGUGAAGAAACUUGUUAAGUUCGGGAGUCGUUCGUGGAAGUCGUUGAAAGCCGAGGUCAAGACGUUGGCUAAGAUCAGGCAUAAGAACAUCAUCAAAAUUCUGGGGUUUUGUCAUUCUGAUGAUGCCAUUUUUUUGAUCUAUGAAUUCUUACAUAAAGGAAGCUUGGCUGACUUGUUAUGCAGAAAUGAUUCUUGUUUGAAUUGGAAUGUGAGACUAAGAAUUGCUAUUGAAGUUGCUCAAGGACUUGCUUACAUUCACAAGGACUACGUCCCACGUUUGCUUCAUCGAAACGUCAAAUCGUCGAACAUUCUACUGGACGUUGACUUGGUUCCGAAGCUCACGGAUUUUGCUCUCGACCAUAUCGUUGGAGAGUCGGCGUUUCACUCGACAAUCGCUUCGGAAUCCGCUCAUUCUUGCUAUAUUGCACCAGAAUGUAAAUACAACAAAAAGGCAACAGAGCAAAUGGAUGUGUACAGCUUUGGAGUAGUGUUGCUAGAACUGGUGACUGGAAGACUAGCCGAGCGUUCGGAAUCGACAGACGCUCUCGACGUGAUCCAGUGGGUGAGGAGGAAGGUGAACAUAGCGAAUGGUGCUUCCCAAGUCCUUGACCCGAGCAUAUCGGAGCAUUCUCAACGAGGGUCGAUGCUGGAAGCUCUAGACAUUGCCCUCCAAUGCACUUCUAUGAUGCCUGAAAAACGACCGUCGAUGCUGGAAGUCGCCAAGGCGCUUCAACUGAUCGGCUCGACAACGAACCUUCACGAUGCUGCUGUCUUCUCGGCUGCAGAGGAUGAUAGUUCGGUGUCGAGCUGAAGACAUGUCUUAGCUCCAUGGCUUGUUUUCUGUAUAUCCAAAUUC